AAACCACAUGAUCCCCAUCCAACAUCCCCCGGUUCUCCAGCCCGCUGGCCGCCGGCCGCCGCCGCCCUCCCGCCCGGUGCCCCCCUUGCCCAGCCCCGGCCCGGGGGAGGCGGCUGGAUGCCGACUCGGGCCCCUGGCAACCGGCCGCCCCGGACUUUCGCCCCCAGCCCGGCCUUCGCCCGCGCCCUAAGAUGAAGAGGGCGAGUGCGGGAGGAAGCCGACUGCUGAUCCUGAUGCUGGGCCUGGCCCUCCCGCCUCGCGCCUCGUCCUGCCCGCCGGCCUGCGUGUGCUACCGCGAGCCCAUGGUGACGGUCAGCUGCCAGCAGCAGGGCCUGACGGCCGUGCCCACCGACAUCCCCGCCCACAGCCAGCGCAUCUUCCUGCACCGGAACCGCAUCUCGGCCGUGGGCGCCGGCAGCUUCGCCGCCUGCUGCGCCAAUGCCACCAUCCUGUGGGUGCACUCCAACAACCUGAGCCGCAUCGAGCCCGGGGCGCUGGCCGGCCUGGCCCGCCUGGAGGAGCUGGACAUCAGCGACAACCGGCAGCUGCGGGCGCUGGACCCGGCCGCCUUCCGCGGGCUGGGCCGCCUGCGCACGCUGCGGGCCGACCGCUGCGGCCUGCUGGAGCUGGCGCCGGGGCUGCUGCGCGGCCUGGGCUCGCUGCGCUACCUCUACCUGCAGGACAACGCGCUGCGGCGGCUGCCCGAGGACGCCUUCCUGGACCUGGCCGGCCUGGCCUACCUGUUCCUGCACGGCAACCGGCUGCAGAGCCUGCCCGAGCACGCCUUCCGCGGGCUGCGGGGCCUGGACCGCCUGCUGCUUCACGAGAACCGCAUCGCCCAGGUCCACCGCCGGGCCUUCCGCGGCCUGGGCCGCCUGCUGACACUCUACCUGUUCAACAACAGCCUGAGCGAGCUGGCGGGCGAGGCGCUGGCCCCGCUGCAGUCGCUGCAGUACCUGCGCCUCAACGCCAACCCCUGGGUCUGCGACUGCCGGGCCCGCUCGCUCUGGGCCUGGCUGCGCCGCUUCGGCGGCUCCUCCUCCGAGCUCGAGUGCCGGCGGCCCACGCACCUGGCCGGCCGCGACCUCAAGAGCCUGGCCGAGGCCGAGCUGGACGGCUGCGCCGACGCCGUCGACCCGCUGCUCGCCAAGUGCUGCCGGCCCCAGCCCGAGACCGACAAGUCCUUCCUCUACGAGGCCCCCCGCGGCGGGAGGCCGGGACCCUCCCCGCGGCCCGCCAAGGAGAAGGAGAACAUGGCCAAGCCCCCGCCGCCCCGCAACGCCACGCACAAGCAGAUCAACGACUCGCCCUUCGGCACGCCGCCCGGCCGCCCGGAGCCCCCGCGCACGGUCCCCGCCUCGGCCCCCGCGCCGCCCCGGAGGCGCCCGGCCUGCUCGCGGAGGAACCGCGCCAAGGCUCACUGCCCCCUCCCGCAGCCCGGCCACGGCUCCGCCGCCCGCCUCGGGCCCACCCUCCGCCUCCUCAUCCUGCCGCUCGGCUGGAGCCUGCUGGCCGGCUGCUGACCCCCUUCCCCCCGCCCCCGGCCUCGUCCCCCCCACCGGACACGCGCCCUCGGGACGGGCCUGCCCCAC